AUGAGGAACUCCCUCGCUCCUCUAUUAGCCUUUUUUGUGUCUUCAAUUCGCGAUCUGUUUCAGUUACACAAGCUACUGGAUUGCCAAAAGUUGCAGUCAGAAGAGCAGGGACAUCGGGUAGACGAUGAACAUCUCUUCAUCAUCAUCCAUCAAGCCUAUGAGCUCUGGUUCAAGCAGAUCAUCUUCGAUAUCGAUACCGUACGAGUUCUGCUCAACCACACAAUUGUGGAUGAGACGAAGACCCUCCGGAUCGUCUCCGGACUCGAUCGGACUGUUCGAAUCCUCAAGUUACUUGUAGACCAGAUUACUAUUCUCGACACGAUGAGCCCACUUGACUUUGUUGACUUCAGAAAAUACCUAACACCUGCUUCCGGAUUCCAGUCGUUGCAGUUCAGACUUCUAGAGAACAAAAUGGGAGUGCGUUGUGAUCGACGAAUUAAGUACAACGCUCAGCACUACAAAAAUGUCUUCCUGAAUGAUGCUGAUGUGAGAGCUGUUGAGCAAAAGCGAGACCGAAAGCCGGCCGCGCCGCGCCCCCGCGUCACUUUUGAACCUCGUCCAGAACUGGUUGGAGAGAACUCCUGGUUUAGUGCUGGCGACGAUUGA